GCCCGGCGCCCAUCGCCAUGGCUAUCAAGACAGAGCUGCGGGUCGCACAGCCUCCCCCACUAGCGCCCGUACAACCAGUGGCAGUGAGCGCAGCGGCGUUUGACUUCGACGUGGAGAAGCAGCUGCUGUCUGAGGCGUCGGCACUGCGCCAGCGCACCAGCGUGGCUGUGAAGCGCGAGGUGGACCCACGGGCCAGCAAGUACAUACAAAUGGGCAUGAACAGAGAGGCAGUCAUCAUGGCACUCACCAUGCACGGCGACUCGCACUCACAGGUGGUGGAUUUCUGCAAUGCAUACAUGUUGCUAAGAGAGAUGGGUUUUGACCCGGUGGCUGUGGCGGGCUGUCUGGCUCUCUGUGGCAACGACCGCGACCGGGCGCUGCAGCUGCUAGUCGCCUGA